AACCCCAACAGCAGACAACUAUGAUCUCUAAAACCUUUCCAAUUAAGCCGAAGCUCAAACCAAAACCCAGGACCCAAUCGCAGAUCCCAGAAUCUAAGUACUGGUGUUCUUUCAAGUCAACACAAAUCACCACCCUCAUCCCCUCGAUCUCCUCGGUCUCGUUUUCUCCUUCUACACCUCACGUCUUCGCCUCCGCCCACUCGACCUCACUGUCUUACUUUCCUCUUUCCCUCUCGGACCUUGAUGUUGCCACUUCUUCCUCUAUCUCCUUCUUGGAUGUGGUUUCUUCUCUCUCCUUUCGUCACGACAUACUACUCCCUGCCGCCGCCAAUCUUUCCAAUUCAGUGCAGUACUGGGAUGUGGCCGGGGAGAGUGUGGUUCUGGAUUUGGUGGGUCAUAAGGAUUAUGUGAGGUAUGGGGACUGUAGCCCUGUUAGUGGUGAUAUGCUUGUUACGGGUUCUUACGAUCAUACUGUGAAGGUUUGGGAUGUGAGAGUGGAGAAUCCAAGGUCUGUUUUGGAGGUGAACCAUGGCAAGCCUGAGGAUGUGAUUUAUCUACCUUCUGGUGGUUGAUUGUAACUGUUGGAGGCAUUUCUGUGAAGAAAUGGGAUUUGAUUGAAGGAGGGAGGAUGGUGUACUGUAUAGAGAGUUACAACAAGGAUGGGCGCCACAAUGCAUGAGUGGCAAAAAAAAGAUUAAAAAAGGCCCAAACGUUGUGACCAUUUGCACUUAAACGGUGAAUAAACAGUGCUGUUAACC